AUGGCGUUGGCAAUUUGUCAGCGCCUCGAAGGCAAGACAAUACUCAUAACCGGCGCCUCGUCAGGCAUAGGGCGGGCCACAGCCUUUGAGUUUGCACGCACAUGCCCACACAAUCUCAAUCUGGUCCUGACGGCACGCCGCAUCGACAGUCUGAAGCAGAUCGCGAGCGAGAUUAACAAGGAGGUCGGCGAUGGCGUCAAGGUGCACCCGAUCCAACUCGACGUCAGUGAUGCGGACGAGGUGCGCGCAUUCGUGGGUAAACUACCUACCGCGUUCAAGGAUGUCAAUGUUUUGAUCAAUAAUGCCGGCUUAGUCAAAGGCAUCGCCAAAGCCCCUGAAAUUUCAGAAGAAGACAUGAAAAUCAUGUUCGCGACCAAUGUGACCGGGCUGAUCAAUAUGACUCAAGCUAUCCUGCCUGGCAUGCUGAAGCGCAACAAUGGCGAUGGUGAAGGCGACAUCAUUAACAUCGGCUCGAUAGCGGGGCGCGAGCCGUACGUUGGUGGUGGCAUCUAUUGCGCAACCAAGGCAGCUGUCCGGUCGUUUACCGAAAGCUUGCAAAGAGAGCUGGUGUCGAAGAGGAUCCGAGUUAUUGGCAUUGACCCUGGUCAGGUCGAGACCGAGUUCUCAUUGGUCAGAUUCAACGGUGAUCAGGGGAAGGCUAAAGCCGUCUAUGCGGGUUGCGAGCCAUUAACACCGGAUGACAUCGCUGAAACAAUAGUCUUCGCCGCCGGAAGAAGGGAGAACGUGGUCAUCGCAGACACCCUAAUCUUCCCCAACCAUCAAGCAAGUGCGACCAUCAUGCACAGAAAAUUCACAUAG